AUGACGUCGUCGAUCCUGGCGCUGCUCGGCCUAAUCCUGGCGACUGCCAGCGCCGAGCUCAGCUCGAGGAUCGUCAGGACAAAGUACGGGGAACUGUCGGGCGUAAUCGUGACCCUCGAUCGGCACCUCGAGGGCGUCGAGGUGUUCCGCGGUGUUCCGUACGCGUCGCCGCCGGUCGGCUCGUUACGUUUCAUGCCUCCUGUCAGUGGCGCGCUUUGGCACGGCGUUAAGGUGGCCGACAAAUUCGGGCCCGUCUGCCCGCAGAGGCUGCCCGAGCUCAGUGACAAAAUGCCGAAAGGCAGGGUCGAGUACUUGAGGAGACUGCUGCCCUACCUGAGGAACCAGAGCGAGGAUUGCCUCUACCUAAACAUUUACGCACCGGUUCAAGGUUUGACGCACCAUCUCUUCACAUAUUUUUCAUUGUCAAUGCUACGACGACCGGCAAUGUUAUCGUGACUUUCUCAGUCAAACGUUGAUGUCCGAGAACCGUGUCAUUCCGAGAAAUUUUAAUACGCGUCUUUGUUGUUUAUUUAUCGAGGAAGAUUUUUAUAUUAGCGGGGCAUGGAACGUGAUACAGAGUAAAAGAUAAAAUUAUUGAUCUAGUAGUUUACUCUGUGGACAGUGUUUUCAAAACCAUGAAUGAAUACGUAUGUUACUACGUUCGUUCCGUUUUCUAGUAAUCGUAUUAAUACGAUUGAAUUUUAGUGAUAAGGAAAUUGACUGUGAAAGAAGUUGAUGUAGUUAAUAAGACAAUGUUUAUAUUCAUUUACCCGCGUAUUUAGAAUUUCCGCUCUGUUGUUUUUCAGAAAUUCCUUUGUACAAAUUUCAUGAAAUUGUAUGAAUUUUUAAUGAAACAUGUCGACCCCUGAUAAAAGUUACUCUCCGAAAGUAACCGGUCGUUGUAGUGUUAACACGAAAUUUAAAUAUUAACAUUUUUUCGCGAACUGCGCUUAGCUGUUCACGUAACUUUACAUUACGUUUAUAUUUCGUGACUUUUACUGUUACGUGUUAUAUUAGAUUGUAUUAUAUGAUACGAAAUACCGUAUCUUUUACCUACAUUAUUAUACUAGUAUCGUGCGUUGAGCACAGUCGAAUAUGCGCGAUCAUGAAAGUGUUAGCUUAUAUCAGAGACACUUUUUCAAAGGAAAUAUUCAGUCUUUCACUAUCUAGAAAUUUCGAAUUUCGCAUUGAGAUACCAUCUCUGUAUUAAAGUCUACUAAAGUGUACGCGUUGAAAAUAUUAUAUUAUUUUUUUUAUGAAACAUAUCGAUUUUAUAUCACAUAUUAACUUCGAUUCAGUCGAGCCAUCUUUCCAAGAGCCAUCUUUUCCAAGAUGGAUCAAGGAAUGUUCAUUUUCCCCGAGUAUUCGUGCCGAUCUCCGAUUAAGAUUUAGGAAUUUCUUUGCCUUGCGCGUUAGUGUGCCUUUAUUUCAUCGAGGAACUCCAUAUAAAAUGAAUGGCCACCUUGCGGACAUAGCUGCUCUGACACAAAUGAAUAGUCCACGUGUUUAUUUUUCGUGGUAACUCGCACGAGAAUCGCUCUCAUCCUUUUUUACCAGCGGCGAUUUCACGAGAUAGUUCUAGGAUCGAACAUCGAUAGGAUUUAUUAUUCGAAUGACAUUCUCUUCGAACAUUCGUUCGUCUAGAAUUGUUGAAAUUUCGACAACGUCGGUGGAUCGUUAUCACGGAAAAAUCGAGGACUCUAGGCUAGCCGUGAGUUCAGAUUCUGAACUCGCGUUUCCUUCUCUCCUAUUUUUCACGUUUUCAUUUCCAACGGCACGGCUCUUUGUGCUCGGCGACUGCGACGGGACCUUUUCGAACGGCAGAAAUAUGCGCCGAUUCUUCAACGGCCUUUCAUCGAUGCCCCGCCGUUGUCAAAGGAUUUCCAUGCGUCUAGCUGAGUGACAUGGAUUAAUUUCGAUACAGAAAAGACAGGACGGGACAAAAAAGAAAAAAAAAAGAGAAAAAAAGAGAGAAGCAGAAAGGAGUUCUUUGCCUUCACGAGAAUAUUAGUGCUCGACUGAGAAAUAAACGUGCGUUUGUUUCAUGCACAUAAAUGAACAUCAUUGCGGUUCGAUAUUUACGUUGUCGGGGAUAAUGGGUCGGUAUUUCCUUUCGUCAACUUUCUUCAACUUCUCUCCAAUUUUUAUUAUUCCACAGUUCUCGGCCGACGAAGAGAGUAAGUUGAAGUAAGUAGUAGUUCAAGACGAACGAGGGAAAAUGUCAAUGAAAGGUAGAGAACGUUGAAUCUAUAUCGAUUGCGACGGAUCUUUUAAAACACCUGUGAGAUUGAACUUCGUGCUAGAUAAUCAAUGAAUAAAAUAACAAAAGCAACGGAACUCGGAAACUUCCAACUUAAACUGACCUAACGAAUCUAACUUUUGGUCUAUUGAAACGUAAUACCGUUUUCGCAGCUCGAGAUUGUGAGAUGUUGGAUGCUUCGAUAAAAUCGUGCAGUGGCUUUUUUGAUUAGGGAAGAAUCAUCGGAAUUUAUGAGCAAAUCUUCUGUUUCUAAUUCGGCUUCCGUCGUUGGUGUUGGCCGGAAAAAAAGUAAGUUUUCAACGGGGGACUGGCCUCGCACGUUCCACAGAUUCUGCUCCAACUCGGUGGACAUAGUAGUAUUUCAGAAUAAUAACCCAGCAGCGAGCCAUUGUCGGCUCGGUGCAAACAAAGAAUCCAUGAAAACGACCAUUAAUUUGUCGAUUUGAAUGGGAAGUGUUAUUUUACAGCCGGGUGUUCGCUUCACAUAAAUCGUUUCGCACCCGUGGAAUUCACCUGAUCACCUCGUCCCUCCCCCACUCCACCCUCUCCUCCGUCAUUGCAAUCCAACCUUUUAUCUUGCUCGUGUUCGUGCUCGAUUUUUUAUAUUUCACGAAUACCGAAUUAUCGGUGUAGCAAAAUUGUCACAGAAUUACAGCUUUUCUCUCGGAAACAAUACUUGAUAUAAUUUUUUAAAACAGACAGUUGA